AUGUCGGACGAGAAGAUCAUCGCCGCUUCCCAGAAGCACCCCAUCGUGCCGAAUCACAUCUUCAAGUAUGGCACUGCGGGGUUUCGGAUGAAGGCCGAUCUCCUCGACGGUGUCACUUUCCGUGUCGGUCUGCUCUCCGGCCUGCGUAGUCGCAAGCUCGGUGGCCAGGCCAUUGGUGUUAUGAUCACGGCUAGCCACAACCCCGCUGUCGACAAUGGCGUCAAGAUUGUCGACCCCAUGGGUGACAUGCUCGAGCAGGAGUGGGAGUCGUACGCUACGAAGCUUGUCAACAGCUCCUCGGACCAGGAGCUCGUUGACAACUACAAGGCUUUGGCCUCCCAGCUCCGCAUCGAUCUCUCGGCCCCCGCCCGCGUCAUUUACGGUCGAGACACCCGUCCUUCGGGCCACAAGCUCGUUGCAGCUCUUGCCGACUCCUUCGAGGCCACCGGUGUCGAGUACGUCGAUUACAAGAUCCUCACCACUCCCCAGCUGCACUACCUUACCCGAUGCAUCAACACCGAGGGCACCCCCCAGUCAUACGGCAAGGUCAGCGAAACGGGCUAUUACGAGAAGUUUGCCGAUGCCUUCGUCAAGGCUCUCAAGGGUCGCAAAAUCGAAGGCCAAUUGACCGUCGACUGCUCCAACGGCGUCGGUGGCCCCAAGCUCACCGAGUUCCUGAAGCACGUCCCCAAGGACGUGACCGGCUUCGACGUCAAGGUCGUCAACGACGACGUCCUUCGCCCCGAGGUCCUCAACCUCGACUGCGGAGCAGACUUCGUCAAGACUAAGCAGCGUGCCCCUGCUUCUCCCAAGCCCAUUCCUGGCGCCCGCUAUUGUUCUUUUGACGGGGAUGCCGACCGCCUGAUCUACUACUACACCGACCCGGAUACCGGCUUCUUCAUGCUGGACGGCGACCGGAUAUCCACAUUGGCUGCUUCCUUUAUCGGUGACCUCGUCCGUUCCGCUGGCCUCGAGAAUGACCUCCGUAUCGGCGUUGUUCAGACAGCCUAUGCUAACGGUGCAAGCACCAACUACAUUGAGAAGCACCUCGGAUUGCCCGUUGUGUGCACGCCUACCGGCGUCAAGCACUUGCACCACGCCGCCCUCAAGUUCGACAUCGGCCCCUAUUUCGAGGCCAACGGCCACGGCACCGUCCUAUUCAGCCAGGACGCCAUGCGUGCUUUCCGCGAGACGAAGCCCCAGUCCCCUGCCCAGAAGGACGCCCUCGAGACUCUUGCCGCAGUUGGCAACCUCGUCAACCAGACGGUCGGCGAUGCCCUGUCGGACAUGUUGAUGGUCGAGGUGAUCCUCGCCCACAAGGGCUGGACUCUCAAGGACUGGGCCUCGACAUACUCGGACCUCCCCAACCGCCUUGUUCGCGUUGAGGUUGGCAACAAGGACGCUUUUCAGACAACUGACGCCGAACGCCGCCUCAGCCACCCUGAAGGUGCCCAGGACGAGAUCGACCAGUGUGUUAGGAAGUACACCAGUGCUCGUUCGUUUGCUCGGGCCAGUGGUACAGAGAACGCGUGCCGCGUGUACGCCGAGGCAGCCACCCGUUCCGAGGCUGAUGAGCUUGCGAACAAGGUUGCAGGGAUCGUGAAGCGGUACGGUGGAUUGUAA